GUUCCCAGGUUUCUUGGACGUAUAAGACCGUCACUAGAGCUCAUUCAUAACGUCUUUGCUGAAAGCGGCUUAAAACACCACGACCUGGCGCUUGACUUGGUCAAAAGCGCGGCGGCGCGUUUGCGGCAAGGCAAGCUUUCUGAGCCAACUCCACAGAGCGAGAAGCCAACCAAAAUUUUAGAGCGAAAAUCAGAGGAGGCCCGAAUCACCACGGAUAAGGCGACCACGCGCCUUUGAUCAAAGAAAGCUCUAUGGCUGGCGAAGUCAGAGGCGCGAUCGAACGAUCGGAUGAUGGCCCCGAAGGCCGUGUGCAGAGCGAAGCGGCCUUUCAGAGACCAAAGAUGGAAGACGUGGACGAGCAGCCGCACAUUCAGUCGCAAUCCCAAGGCAACGGAGCCAGGCCGAAAAGAGACGCAUGCCCUCAUCUCGUCGUGCUGGGCGAAGGAUCACGAGCACGCUUCACUGGUCUCGUCGAAGGGAGAGACGAUGGGAGCCAGCCGCGCUUGAACGAGGUGCUGAACAAGUACAAGCUCGGGCUGCGAUUUGGUCGUAAAAUCAGAAGAGGCGAGGUCUGCACCAAUGAGCAUGAAGGCGAUGACGAGCAGCGGCAGGUCUCUUACGGCGACGACGAACUGCAAAGGCAGAAGAGAAGAAAGAUGCUCUCCCAUCCUUGCUGUGCAACGUGCGAGACGACACUCCAUCGCCCAUUUCUUUGCCUCGAAUGUGCAGAGCCCGCCUGUUUCUUCGUCGAGAGGGGUAUCUCUAUGCACCAGAGCAACUGCAUGCGCUUGCAUCUGCAACAAAGUAGCCAUGCACUAGCGUUUGACAUUUAUGACGGAACUCUUUAUUGCGCUCGAUGCGAUGACAUCGUAUACGACGACAAGUUCGAUCAAGCUUACCAAGAGGAGAAGGCUAGAGUAGCCACAGCGUCCCCGGCCAAAAGGGCAGCCAGAAUGGCUCUUGCUGUCGAUCCAGCAAAGAACGGGCAAGCUCUUACUACCUCUGCUUCACCUGCUGAGUCAAGCGACUCCUCACUCUGCAGAGUACCUCGGGGCCUCUACAACCUCGGCGCAACGUGCUUCAUGAACGUCAUUCUACAGUCCUUCGUCCACAAUCCCCUGCUCCGGAAUUACUUCUUGUCAGACAGGCACAACGUCGCUCUUUGUCCCGCUCGCGAAAACUGCUUGGCAUGCGAGCUGGACAAGCUUUUCAACGAAUUCUUCUCGGUGGAAGACCGGCCUCGAGCCCCAUUUGCUCCGACGAAUUUCCUCUUCUGUGUCUACCUUGCCAGGGAGUCGUCCGAGAUUUCUUCGGCCGGAGAGCACGACGCCCACGAGCUUUUCAUAAGUGCCUUGAACAGCGUCCACUCGGCUCUGAUGGCUGUCGGCCGGGAGCCUAGCACUCGCUCGAACAAUUUGCCCAUGUAUCCCUUCGGCGAUCAAGCACAUGGACUCUCUGCAAGCCGGAGUGGAACCGCGAGCAGCUCGAGCGAUGGUGGAGGGCAGGAAGCCUUUGGAGGGGCCUUAUCGAGCCGGAGAGACUGGGGAUUCAAUUCCGAUAUCGUCUGUCCCUGCGUCGUCCAUCGGACCUUUUCGGGCAUUCUUCAGAGCGACGUCACUUGCCAACGUUGUGGAUGGCGAUCCAGCACUCACGAUCCCUUCCUAGAUCUCUCGCUUGACAUCCGCACGGCGAGAGCUCGUACGCUAUCUGCUCUGCACAAUGCUGCUGAGCAAGAUGCCACGCUCAACGACGAUGGCUCGAUCAAGAAGAAGUCGAAGAAGGUGAGGGAGCGCGAGGAAAAGGAGCGCAAGGAACGCUUGGCACGCGAAGGUAGCGGCAUCGACGACGAGCAGAGCUUGAAUGAAUGCCUGAGGAGGUACUGCGCAAGCGAGAAGCUCGCCCAGAGUGAUUACAGCUGCGCGCAAUGCGGAGUAGGCAGUCAAGCUGUUAAGCAGCUCAGCCUCUGCAGAUUACCGCCCGUGCUCUGCAUUCAGCUCAAGCGCUUUGAGCACAACACCACCACGGGGACGAAGAUCGAAACACGCGUCAAAUUUCCCCUGACACUCGAUGUCAGAGACUAUUGUACAUCGGCCUUGCGCGAACGACUUGACGAAGAUGGCUCGGCGCCCUCACCGUCGACGAUGGCGGUGGACCCGGACUCGUACCUAUACGAUCUCUUUACCGUCGUCGUGCACGAAGGCAAGCUCAACACGGGCCAUUACUAUUGCUACAGCCGUUGGCGAAAUUUGUGGUAUAUCGCAAAUGACGACUCGGUCCGCCCGGCCAAGCUGCAAGAUGUUCUCUUGUGCCGAGCCUACCAAUUGUGCUACAUGCGUCGCUCCUUGCAGAAUAUUCGCCAGUCUCCUCCUUCGUCGUAG